AUGAAUAGCUUUUUCUCUCCUCCUUUAUACAUGCAGCGUUAUCAGUUUGUAAUCGAGUUCGUUAAAAAGUUCGAACCAAGGAAGGUGAUGGACCUGGGCUGCUCUGACUGUAGACUGUUAAAGAAACUUAAAUUUCAUCGGAAUGGUGUUGAGUUACUGGUAGGAGUGGACAUCGACUGCAGAACCAUCAAACAAGCAAUGCAUGGACUGGCUCCACUCUCUUCAGACUACCUAAAGCCCAGUACUAGACCUCUGACAAUUGAGCUCUACCAUGGCUCUGUCACUGAGAGAGAACCGUGCACCAGAGGGUUUGACCUUGUCACAUGCAUUGAACUCGUGGAGCACCUUCAGAUUUGCGACGUGGACAGAUUUUCAGAAGUUGUGUUUGGAUACAUGGAGCCGAAUGCUGUGAUCAUAAGCAUGCCGAAUGUUGAGUUUAAUUCCUUAUUACCAGGACUGUCAGGUUUCAGACACAAAGACCACAAGUUUGAGUGGACUAGAGCAGAAUUUCAGACAUGGGCACUUAGAGUUUGUAUGCAAUAUGGCUACUCUGUUGAGUUUACUGGAGUAGGAGAAGCUCCAGGUCAGGACGAAGAUGUUGGAUUCUGUUCUCAGAUUGGAGUAUUUCACAGAGACACUGGUUAUUUAAACACACAAGGAAACAGUCCAGAGCUGGAGCCCGCAGUAUAUAGACUGCUGUACAAGGUGGUCUACCCAAGCCUGUGUGACAACAACAUUUUUCAGAGGACUCUGGUUAGCGAAGUCCUCUACAGGGCAGAGAAGCUGAAAAAUGAGUGGCUGGAGGAGAGAAAUUGUGUGCAUUGUGAUUCCACUAGAUGCGAACACACUCGAGCAUCAGAGGCAGUGAGGCAGGACAGAGAAGAUGAAAUGUACAAGCAAGGUAGUUGGGUGUGUGUGCCACUACUGCUUGUGUGGACUGAUGUCUCAGUAAGAUCUAUGUGUGGGAAUGUUCAGAGUCUCAGGGAAGCACUGCUGGGGGACUCACAAGUGCAGCUAGAUGCUGGUGGUGAGGCCAUUAUGCUGGCUGAUAAUCUGGAUGAGACUGAGGAGACAGAUGAAGAGGAAAACGAUGAGGAUCAGAAUGCAAUAUGUGCAUUAAGGACUGUGAAUGAGAAUGUAGAAGAGGACUGGGAAAGUGAGCUAAGGUGAGGUCUGACUGUCCGUGACAAAAGGACUGCAUAUGUAUAUGAAGAUGUACAGACACACCCCCAAAUCAUAAAAAAGAUGGGGCAAUAUGGAUGCUAAUAAAAACACUGUUUCUUACA